AGAGUAAAAAAAACGUGUAUAAAAGACAAGACUGAAUAGAGAAUAUGGGAAAUAAUGCAGGGGAAAGAGAGGAAAUAGACAGGAGGAGAUAGGGACGAAGAGAAGCAGAAGAAAAAAGAAACAGAGAGAGAAAAGAGAGACAGUGAAUGAGUGAGUGAGGGAGAGAGUGACUUGCACCUCCUUCCUUAUAUGUGACAGUCCAGCUCCACAGCCUCCUCCACUGCCACUAACUCUCUCUCCUUCUCUCUCGCUCUCUGUCUCACUGUCUCCCAUCCACAUCUCUUCAUUCCUCCGUCAGCUCCGCUUCUGUUCCUGCUUUUUGUUUGUUUUAUAUUCCUUCAUUUUCUCACCCUCCCUCGUUUUCUGUUGAUUCUUCAUCCUUCGACAUGCUCCUCACGUGAAGUCUGCCAACUUGCACAGCCGGUGUCAUCAGUAAAAAAACAAAAAAAACAAGGCAAAUGCUCUUUCGGGGAAUAAGAGAAAAAGCCACACACGUUUGCAUCCUUCACUGAACGGAGCAGCAGCAGCAGCAGCAGCAACAGCAGCAGCAGCAGCAGCAGCAGCAUGGAUCUGUCUUUCAUGGCCGCGCAGAUCCCAGUCAUGACGGGAGCCUUCAUGGACUCGUCACCCAAUGACGACUACAGCGGCGAACACUCACUCUUCAACUCCUCGGCCAGCGUCCACGCCGCUGCCUCAGCCGCCUCGGUACAGGGCCAGCAGGAUGAGUCGCAGUCCAUGUCCAGUGACGCUAUCUGGCUCUGGAUCGCCAUCGUCGCCACUAUUGGAAACAUAGUGGUGGUGGGUGUUGUCUACGCCUGCACUUUCUGAUUCGCAUAUGCUUACAAAGACAAACUGGCACACAUCCCGCUAUUUUCUGGAUCUCUGGACCCCUGAGUGAGGCCAUGCUUUGCAGAUAUACGUCCUCUCUCUCUCUCUGGCUCCCUCUCUCUCUCUUUCUCUCUCUCCCUCGCACUUGGCUUUUGGAUCAGUUUGAGCCCCUGAGGAGGGUGUGGAAGUUGUGAUACUACACAAUGAUAUAGACUAUUAUAUUUCUUCAUCAGAGGGAAAGACUGGGACUUGGCCGCAUUUGUUGGCACCAAGUGAUUUUGGGCACAACCAGAAGUUCGAGAAGAAGCUUUUGUGUAACAGCUCUUUAGUUAAAAACAGAAAAAACCGACCUGUGCUCUCAACCAAGAAUCAAAAGGAACUUUUUCUCUUUUCAGCUUAAGUUUGUUUCCAUGUUUCUCUUCAGACAACACCCUCACUUGUAAUGCAGAGAGAAGAAUGGAGAUUAAAUGGGGCUUAAGAUUCGGGUUGAUCCGGGCCAUUUUAAACAUGCACCAGAUAGUUGCUAAGCAAUUUAGGCCAGUGCUGUUUAAUUAUGCGACUGAACAGAGAUGGUGAAUGUUAAAACAUUUAGAAAGUACUGGGAUUAUUUUCAUGUCAGGCAGCCCAAAGGGCCAUGAUGGUAGAGCUCAUUUAAGGACUUAUUUGUGGAUGAAACAUAGUAUGGACACUGAUCAUUAGUAUAUAUAGUAUGUUUCUACACAAUUUCACUGACAGGAAACUGAGAACAGGACAAUAAUUGACAUCAAACUUGCUUUGAUACACACUUAAAAGCUCAUGAAAAUGUUUUUCUGCAAUGUUAACUCAAUUACACAUGAUGAAUGAUGACCUUAUAAUUAGGUUUUGUGUAAAAGUCAGCCCCCUUUCAAAUGAAUGGUCUCAUUGUCAAAUACCUAAAGUGAUAUCCACCAGGGAUUAUUAGAAAAUCUAAUUGUAUUGUCAUGAUCUGUCCGGUUAUGUAUGAAUAUUAUCUACAGAUGUUAACAAAAUAGAACUAGAAGCACAAAUUAAAUCAAACACAUGUAGCCUUCUUUACUUGUUCACCUUCUGUAGUUGUUUUUUCUCAGUGAGUACAGCUUGUAAAUUAUUUUUUUUUUCAUCACGCAGAAAAAUUACUGGCAGCAACAGAAGAUGAAGAUAUAACAGAUGUUAGGGCAGAUGUGGGAAAAUGCUAAAUGUAGCCUAUGUCUCCAGAAGUAAUGUAACACUGACCAGAUCUCUAGUGAACUUUGUGCUAAAUGUAUACCAAUGUGAGUGGGGAGGUGAUGCCUCCUGUGUCAAAUGAAAUUUAGUUUUUUAUUAAGCUACUGUUCAGCGAAUUAUUUUUGUGUUACUGUCAAAUCUAAUUGGGAACAAUAACUUUACUGUCAGUCUCAAGCAUCAACCUGCAUCCACAGAUGCAUAUAUAUAUAUAUAUAUAUAUAUAUAUAUAUUAUAUAUAUAUAUAUAUAUAGCUGGUAGAAUUUGACUGCCAACUAAUGUCUGUGCUUUGCUGACAAAGUUUUUUUCUUUCCUUUUUACGACAACGGGAUAAAAAUACUAAUAAUUUAGGGUUUUUUUCAAAUGUGUGUUCAAAGUCAGCAAGUUGUUUUAUCUGUCAACUGGUCUUUCUUUACCUGACUAACUGAUCGAUAUAUUUAGACAGACUGAUCUAUAUAUUUAGACAGACGCUUAGACAGAAGACUCUUUUUUUUUAGUAACAAAUAUUUCUCCUGGGAUUUAGAUGACAACAUCAAUGUGCUUAAGAUUAAAGGAUACCAACCUGUCUUGUAAACACCAUAUCUGUUCAAAUGUUCAUACACUGCAACAAACAAUACUGGCUUAUUGUAUCAACUGUACCAUGUAAGGAGAAGACACUAAUCUCUUGUUAUUAUGAGUGUAAGUAGCCUAUACGAUGUUCAAAGACAGACUUUUCAAGCCUGUUAUUUUUAAUAAAUGGUUGACGUAGAAAUAUUUAGACAUGUUGUAAACCACAUACACAACGCUCCUUUUGUAAAGACAUGCUACUAUUAAAAUUUCUGUAUCAAUA